GAAGAAAUCUGUAAACUUUACAGAGGAAAAGAAAAGUUUUUUUUUUUUUUUAAUGAGAUUACAUCGACCAUCCUCAAUGUCCAAUCUUCCAAAGGAUUUUUCGGAUCUUCCAAGGGAUUUGGCGGAGGAGGUGCUCUCUAAGGUGGUUCCGGUGACAUCUCUGAGAAGAGUCCGAUCUACUUGCAAAACAUGGAACACUUUGUUCAAACGUAGGAGCUUUGCAAAGAAGCACCUUGCUCAAGCAAGAGUAGCUGCAGCAAAGAAAAAGGAGUUUAUGGUAGUCAUGAUGAUGGAUUUUAGGGUUUAUCUGAUGCACGUGAAUCUUCACUACGACAAGGUUGAAUUAUGCAUGAAACGUCAAGGUACACUUAUUUUCCCCGACGCCUCAGAUCAAAUCUAUGUACGUCAAGUCUUUCACUGCGACGGUUUAUUGUUAUGCAUCCUGAAAGACAACCCUAGGCUCGUUGUUUUUAACCCGUAUUGUGGGCAACCACGGUGGAUCGAAGCCACAUAUAAUAAUCAGAGAUUGGAAUUUUAUUCGUUUGCUCUGGGAUACAAUAGCAACACCAAAUCCCACAAAAUCUUGAGAUUUAUUUUAUAUCAUGGUCCUUUCUCUUUGGCUUUGGCUGAGUUCAAAAUCUACGACUUUAGCUCUGAUUCAUGGAGGGUUCUUGAUGUUACUCGAGACUGGGACAUAUGUUGGUAUUGCGGUGGUGUCUCUCUCAAGGGAAAUGCAUAUUUCUUUGCUAAUGAGAUGUAUUCAGAAAACCCUAGCCAAGGAGACCAAAGUUUCUUAAUCUCUUUUGAUUUCACAAGAGAAACAUUUGGGCCACGUUUGCCUCUGCCCUUUGAGUGGUAUCCUGCAGAUGGUCUGAGUCUAUCUAAUGUUAGAGAUGAGCAGCUUGCUGUGUUAUUUCAACGAGAGGAUACAUUUCAAAUGGAGAUCUGGGUUACAACUAAGAUUGAGCCCAACACGUUGUCGUGGGGCAGCAAGUUCUUCUUAUCAGUGGAUAUGAGAGUUCUCACCGGCAAUGGGUUUAUGUUUUCGUUUAGUGGUGCAAGUUUCUUCAUUGAUGAGGAGAAGAAAAUCGCUGUGGUUUUUAAUAAAGGCAAAGACAUGAUGGGGAUGCGUAACGCAGCUUUCAUCAUCGGAGAGGAUGGAUCUUUUAAAGAAGUGGAUUUUGGAGAAUCUCGAAACAGAAAUCUCGAACCACUUGUGUGCUCUUAUGUUCCAAGUUCAAUGCAACUUGAAUAGUCCAUUUUACAAUACCUAUAAUCUCUUGUAGUCUUGUUUCUUUUUUUCUCUUUUGUCAUCUUCUUUGAACAAUAUAUAUAGAAAUUUAAAUUGUCUCUCAUCCUUCUUUUGUCAUCUUCUUUGAACAAUACGCUUUUUUCAUGCAAAAUUAAUAUGGUUGUCAUUAUUUUUCUUCCGGCUUACGUACAUGCAAUGCAAGAAGUUAUAUAAUAGCUUAAUGGUUUGUGCUAGUGCCGAUAUCGGUA